AUGGAGAACGCUGGAGGGGCUGCGUUCGGCCGCAGCAGGUUCCUGAAGGUGCGCAACGAAAACGGUCAUGGCAGGCAGCAGUGCCUGGCGGCGGGAAGCGCUGGGCAGGCAGCGGGCAGACACGUAGCAAAGAGCGGGACCGGUAGCGCUUCCCACGCACGGUCGAGCUCCGCGCUGAGGAAAGUGGCAGAACUGGAAAGCAAAAUCAUGAACCGAAAAAAGCAGAUGGAAUUGCAAAAUACUGACUUGGGCCGGAAGCCUUUGGAAGAAGAGUCCUUCUCUGCUUCCAGUCGUGAACACAGUGCAAGGGGCAAGAAGUACCUGAAGAACCGGGCCUCCGCCAGCGGCAACGUGACCCUCGGUAACGCCUGUGCUAAGGAAGAGAGCAUCCAGCGCCCUGAAAAGAAUGUUGUGGUUAAACAGCGGCUUGGUUUGGAUAGUGAUGAAGAGGAAAUGAGAAAAUUGAGGGAGAGCUCUUUGGAGUUUCCCAGUGAGAAUCAGAGGGUUGUUGUAAGUGAUUCUAAAUGGGGUGGAAAGGAAAUGUCACUGGCAGAGGUAUCUAAAGCAUCUUCUUUUCGUAGCAACGACUCGAAGGAAAAUGUUUUUGGUAGAGUUAACUUCCCAACACCUCCACCAGCCAGCAGAAACCUGUCAGUACAAUGUAAUGUGAGAUCUCAAUCGCCGUCUUCUUCCGUGAAAGACAAUACUGUAAAGAUUACUCUGCCUCGAACAGGCAACACCAAGCAAAGGCAAACAUCACUUGAGAGUGACGGCAGUGAAAUAAAAUCAUUAGAUGAAUUGUUUUCAAAAGCAGCUGAUGCAGAAGAUUCAACGAACAGCAGCUCGAAUGACUUCAAGCUGAAUAUCCUGAGCCUUGAUGAUUUGGCACCAAUUAUCAUCAGUGGGGCAGCAGAAUUAAAGCCGAAAGGGACAGACGUUCAAAUUACUCAAGAAACAAACAGAAAUCUAAAAAAAGAUACAUUCCUGGUGGAAAAAGAUCAAACUUCUCUUAAAAUGACAAGUGCAGUAACUGGUGUGAGUGAUGCUUCUGAAGGGCAUACUGAAAAAACUGUGUCUGAAACUGAAAUCUCUGAGCAUUUAAGUGGAGUUUCUGCAGAUUUUCCUAGACACAAACAGGAUUAUCUUGACCAUGAUGAGAGAACUGUUAAUUCAGAAUAUUCUGAAGACUUCGAAGAGUCUCUGUCUACAACAGACAAGGAGUCUGGAUCAAAAACAUCAGGGAAACAUUCAGAGCGCUGCACGUAUUCUGGAAAUCACACAUCUUCAGCCUCAUCACCUUUAUUUACCAGAGAGCGGCGUGACCGGGUACACAGAGUGACUGUCAAAGACACUGCGGCUCAGACAGUGGAUCCUCCAUUCACCUAUUGCUGGCCAAAGACGCACACCCUGGCGGUCCUUGACCCGCCCGCAGGGACCAGUCACAUCGACCCAGUACCUGUCGCCCGUCACGUCAUCAGCGCGGAUGCUGUAGAAGCCUUGACAGCGUACCGCCCCGCCGUGCUCGUUUUAAACGCCAUGUUGAAGCAGCAGGUGAUGUUGACUCAGCAGUUUGUAGAGAACAUUCACCACCUUCACUUAUCCCUUGUGGAGUCAUUAGAGAACGAGAAGUUCCACUACCACACCCUGGAAGAGGCUAAAGAGUACAUCAAGCAUCACAAACCCCCACCUCUAACACUCGAGCAAGCACGUGAAGAAAUCCGGAAAGCACAGGUGGAAAAACUGCUUUGA